UUUAAACAUCGUGUUCAGUAAAAGUAUUUCUGUGUUAAACUAGAUAUUUUUUGAAGAAAUUAAAUUUCUACUAGGUAUCUAAGCAUUAAAUGAGAUAAGAAAAAUGCAGCCCAUAGCAAGAUUAUUAUUUCAUUGUAGAGUUACUCGUACCGCAGAAAGGGAAUGGCACCCCUAUCGAUUCUUCGCGUCUGGGUGAUGUUGGCGAUCGCAUCCUCAUUUAUCAUGUACCAAUUGUACUUGUUCUUCAAAGAUACAUCGAAGACUGAUCGAUUAUUAUACGAGAAAUACACACCGAUUUUUCGCACUAAGAAAAAAAGCACUUCCACACAUCCACAUAUUGAGCCCCAGUGGUCCGAAGUGGUACAAAGCACGGCCACAGCCAACGAAGAGGCCAAUAAUCCGAUUUUUACUCACCGAUCCGAACCAUCCAAUAACUUCAGUGACGCCACCGGGAAGUUCUACGACUUUCAAGAUCUAAAUGCCGUCACAGAUAAAGCCAUCAGUGCCAUCAGAAAUGUCAGUCGACGAGUUCGUCGGAAAAACAGGAUAGUCGCCACAAAACCCAUGUCUGAUUCCAGUGACGAACGAAAGCGGUGUAAUUUGCCGGCCGAUUUAGGCCCAAUCAACGCGACCACGUCAGUUAUAUCGCUAGGUACCGUAGAGAAGAGAAACCCUCUGGUGAAGUUAGGAGGGCGGUACACACCGUCCAAUUGCUCGGCUAGAAACAGAGUUGCCAUCAUAGUGCCUUACAGAGAUAGAGAGGAGAAUUUGGCAACGUUUUUGAAUCACAUGCAUCCGUUUUUGAUUAAACAACAACUGGAUUAUGGAAUAUUUGUCGUGGAGCAAACAGGUACACGCGAGUUUAACCGCGGCAAGCUCAUGAACGUGGGGUUCAUUGAGGCUGGUGGUUGGGAGUGCUAUAUAUUCCACGACGUAGAUUUGUUGCCGCUCGAUCACCGUAACGUGUAUUCUUGCCCGAGUGCGCGGCAUCCGAGGUUGUAUGACGCAAUAGUGGAGGGAAAUGAUCUUAGAGCUAUAUUGAAAGGAAACUUUGGCGGAGUUGCAGCCGUAACUGUGGAACAAUUUGCCAAUGCCAACGGCUACUCUAACGGUUAUUGGGGAUGGGGCGGUGAGGACAAUGACUUAUAUUACAGAUUGAUAGCUUCGGGGUACACAAUCUCACAGUACGGUUCGGCUGUCGCUCGGUAUAAAGCGCUACAGCACAGCCGAAUGCCACGAAAUCACAGAAGAUACCGGCUACUCCUCCAAACCAUGAAAGCCUUCCAAAUGGAUGGCCUCUCCACGCUAGAAUACCGGCUUGUAUCCAAGACUCAACAUAAACUAUUCACCAAAAUAGUCGUCAACGUCGACCACUCGUACCAGGAAAUACAAGAGCUAUUUCAAGAAGAUAACAAUUUUAAAGACAUACAGGCAGUGUAUGUCCGCUCUACAAAGCGACGAAGCGGCUCGGCGACAAAUACUAUUUUUUAUUUUUAAAAUACAGUGAUAACUUUAUAUCUAUAAUUUAUUGUCCCACAAAACUCUGGAACGAGUUUAAUUGUGGGAACGACAGUCUCUCAUUUGUAUACACGGUGUAACAUGAGAGAACCGAUAGAUUUUACGCAUUUAUGAGGGAAAAGUAAAGAUAAAAUGUUACAUGCAAAGAGCGGAAUUCUUCAUGGCAAAAGUCAAACUGUCUAAAGGGAUUGAUCUAACCUGUUUUAUCGAGUUAUCGAUGUUACGGAAUAACAUCGCAUUAGGUAUCCAUAAUCUACUUAAACGAUUAUUCUGUAACAUUUGACCUUUUUGAUAAGCAACUUGCAUCUCCAUAUUAAAGUAAAUCAUGUCAGCGUUACAUAUGUCAUUUAUGUCACUUGAGUUUUCAUGAGUGAUUUCCGUGCCGUGUUACUAAAAUGGUUAAUAAUCCUAAAAGAAAAACAA